CAGGUCGUGCUGCAAUUAGUUCAUUCAUUGAAAACUCAGUUGCUCUCUGAGCGGUCGGGUAGAGACUGCUUUCGGCUUUUUUCCUGCUGUUAAGAUCUCCUCUAGAGAGCUGCAACAAUGCCCAAAAGAAAGGUUGCAGAUCAAGGUGAUAUGAGGCAGGAGCCAAAGAGAAGAUCAGCCAGACUGUCUGCUUUACCUGUGCCCAUUACACCAGAGUUGAAGUCCAAAAGAAAAUCAACUCCAAGGAAAUUGAAGACAAAAAAUGAUAUGAUGGAAAAAAACACAGAUGCAAGUGCCAAAGCCAUAGCUGAAACCAAGAAAGAAGAGGUUAAAGAAGAAUACAACAGUGAAACUGCUGAUAAUGGAGAAGCCAACAUUAUAGAGACAGCAGCUCCUGAAAAAGAAAUAAAGGAAAUAGAAGAAGAAAAAAUUGAAGAUAUCAAAGAAGAAAGAGGAGAAAAGAAAGAAACAGUGACAGCAGAAGGAAAAGAAGAUGAAAAAGAAGAUCAGAAAGGAGAUGGAGAAGAUCAAAACAAGGAAGAAGAGAAAGGAGAAGACGGAAGAGGGAAAGAAAAUGAAAAAGAAGAUGAAGGUGGAAAAGAGAAAGAAGAAGAUGGAAAAGAGGAAGAAGACAAGAAAGACACAGGAGAUGAAAAAGAGGGUGAAAAUGGAAAAGGGAAAGGAGAAGAGGGCAAAGAGGGAGAAGAUAAAAAAGAGAAAGGAGAUGAAAAAGAGAAUGAAAAUGGAAAGGGGAAAGGAGAAAAUGGCAAAGAAUCAGAAGAUGAAAAAGAUAAAGCAGAAGAUGAAAAAAAAGGAGAUGAUAGAAAAGAGAAAGGAAAUGGAAAAGAGAAUGAAGAUGGAAAGGGGGAUGAAGGUAUAAAUGAGAAGGAAGAUGAAAAAGAGAAAGGAGAAGAUGGAAAAAAUGAAGAAGGCAAAGGGGAAGAAAAGGAGACAGGAAAGAUGGAGGAGAUGGAAAAGAAGACGAAAGCAAGGCUGAAAUUGGAAAAGAAAUAGCCGAAAGAAAAGAGGUCAAAAAAGAAGAUAGAAAAAAUGUAGAGUCUCUGAGUAUUGUUUAAAGCUGCCCUAUAUGGUUUCAUAAUUUGGUAAUAUGUACCUUCAUGUUGUAACGGUAAGAGAGAUGAAUAUUUUUAUCAAAUAUUUUAUAAACACAGCUUUUCUUUAGCACUAAUUUAAUUUCAUAACAUCUUCAUACUGGUUAUUAGUCACAAAGUU